AUGUCUGCCAAAAAAGUCUUCGAGAAGUUCGACAAGAACAAAGAUGGUAAACUCUCAUCGGACGAGUUUCGUGAAGUGGCUCUUGCUUUCUCUCCGAACGUUUCUCAAGAAGAAAUCGCAAAGAUCUUCAAAGAGAUUGACGUGGACGGUGACGGUGCACUUAACGCCGACGAGUUUAUUUCAUGCCUGGAGAAAAUGUUGAAGGAAGUUUUUACAUUUUGUGACGUUGACGGUGAUGGUAAGAUACCGGCCGAUGAGUUCUACAUGUUGAUGACUCAGAUCGGGAAAGAGUGCACCGAGGUGAGCUGUGCCGAGAAGGUUCAAGCCGCGGAUGCAGAUGGUGAUGGUUACUUGAACUUGGAGGAGUUUAUGGUUAUGGUCAUUGGUGACGUAUUGUAA